AUGGGAUCAGGAGGGUUCGAUCAGGCGUUCCAACAGAGUCUAGCACACCAUUCCUGGACGAUGUACGCACGAUGGCGCAGAGUCAGGAGUAUUUCACGGCUUGCUGUAGACGAUUGGAUAAUGUUGACAGCUGUUCCUUUAUUCUACACUGGACUGGUUGUGAGCUUAAACGUCAUCGUCAGCGGAGGUGGAAGUAAUCUGUUCCCACCAGAGCAAUUCGAAACGUUUUCCCAGGAAGAUAUUGACGAAAGAAUCAAGGGAUCCAAGAUUGUGGUCGUUUCGGAGCAGUGCAUGUUGAACGUCAUCUGGAUCCUCAAGAGCUGCAUGCUGUUUAUGCUGGCUCGUAUGACGACAGGUACAGGGCAUACUAAAUGGAUACGGAUUGCAGGAAUUUGGGCCAUCGCUGGCUACUUCGGGGUCCAGAUCGCUUUCUUUACAACUUGUCGACCAUUUACUGGUUAUUGGGAAAUGCCACCACCAGAUCCACAAUGUGCAACCUUACAGUACUAUGCAGUCGUACAAGCAGUCUUCAAUAUCAGCAGCGAUCUGUUAAUCAUCGCCAUACCUAUUCCCAUGGUAGCAUCACUAUCUCUUCCAAUCAAGCAGAAGUUGGGGCUGGGCGUCUUGUUCGGCAUGGGCGCCUUCGUUAUUCUGGCCGCAGUCCUCACAAAAGUAUACAACCUAUCCAAAGUCUACAGCACAAGAUACAUGCUAUGGUACGUUCGCGAAGCCUCAGUAGCAGUGUAUGUAGCCAACCUUCCUGGCAUCUGGCCCCUCCUACGCGAACACAUUCGCUUCCUGCGCGAGCACACAAACUCCUUCGUCACCGGCGCAACACCACGCACACCCCACUACGGCUACGGCUCCCAGUACGGCAAACUAACCAAAGCUUCACGCAGCCGUACCCGGCCAUCUAAAAACGUUGAAGAAGAUGAAGUCGAGCUGGGUGUCGCACACGCCAAAUCAGUCGCGCAGUCCAACCACUCAACCGACAUGCCACACCGCCUCCAAGGUCAGAAUCCAUUCACAAGCUCGGCGCAGAGACCGAGUCAGGAUAGCGAUGGGAAGGCUGGAAACGAAGUGCUGAGUAGUUGGAAGGGAACGACUGCCAUGGGCGUACAAGUAGACAUGAAGACUGAAAUACAAAGAGGUGAGUACGAUGACUCGGGGUUGGAGACGAGGAAGGCACAGGUGGCCAAGAUUGAGGGACCAGACGCACAUGAUGAGAGACGGCAAUGA